AUGUCUCAACAAGGAGGACCACCCGUACCUUUUUCUUCCCUCCCACUAUCCAAAACCCACGCCGCCGCCAAACUAAAUGCGUGGGGAGCCUAUGGAGACGAAGACGAGAGAGGAUUCCUAAAUCGACAGACAGAUGAGAUUGUGGCUGCUGCCGCUGCCUCUGAGAUCAAGACUGGUACUCGUGUCAGCUUGAAUGCUGCGCUGGAUUUUCAAGGUGACCGACCCCUCUUCGGCCGCCAAGUCUUCAAGAAAGACGUCUACCAAAAGAAGCCAAGAAUAGUCCACGACGACACAUGGCAUUUCAACACCCAGUCCUCCUCGCAAUGGGACGGCCUCCGGCACUUCGGAUAUCAAAAAGCCGAACGCUUCUAUAACGACACCACAGUCGAAGACAUUGCAGGCACAUCCGAGAAAGCCCAGAAGCGCUCUAAUAUCCUCGGUGUGCAAAAUCUGGAGAAAUACGGUAUUGUCGGUCGAGGUAUUUUGGUCGACUUUGCUCGAUGGCGGGAAAGUGGACCAGGGAAAGAUAUUUCGGAAGUGCAAAGCUUCCAGUCCUUUGAGCGGCAUCCGAUCAAGCUUGAGUGGUUGAAGCAGAUCCUGGACUGGCAGGGAACCCAAGUCAAAUUUGGUGAUAUUCUGAUCAUCCGAUCAGGCUAUAUGAAAGCAUACUAUGCACUGCAGAAUGCUGACAUAGAGCGCCUGCAAGCGAUGCAUCCUCCGUCGUUGGGUGGAGUUGAGCAGUCGGAAGAACUCUUGAACUGGAUCUGGGAUAAUUUUUCUGCGGUGGCUGCUGAUCAUCCUAGUUUUGAGCAGUGGCCGACACCACUCGAGUGGAGUUGUCAUGAAGUGUUUCUGGCUGGUUGGGGAUGUCCCAUAGGAGAACUAUUUGAGCUGGAAGAAUUGAGUCGAACAUGUGAGAAGUUGGGAAGGUGGAGUUUCUUCCUGACGAGCGAGGCUGUGCAUGUGCCAGGGGGUGUGGCAAGUCCUCCAAACGCGCUGGCAAUCUUUUGA